CACAGACUCACGCCACGGUGCCUGCGCACUCGUCGGCUCGCUUGCAAUCGAUCAACUUGCAUAGACUUGUGUGCACUUGACCCAUACAGCACCAUAGGUGCGCCUGCUUAGCGUAACAACUUCACACCAGUCACUUUGUAGACUCCUUGCAACCAUGAUGCUGGCUUCGCGUCCUGCUGUCGCGCUAGGGGCACGCGCCCAGCCCCAGGUGUUGCGCCCAACCCUGGUGCCUCGACCUGGAAUGGUGUCAAACCUACGGCUGCAGCCUGUGAAGGUCGCGGACCCCAUUGUGGCGUCGGAGACCUCGCAGGUCAUGGAGGCGCCGCAGGAGAAGAAGCUAUCCGAAUUUGAGCUCAAACGCCUCGAGCGCAAGCAGCAACGCGCCCAAGAGGCCGCCACCUACAAGUUCUCUGCCAUCGCCGCGACGGUGCUGGUCUUGAGCAUCGCCGUGGUUGCCACCUACUACCGCUUCGCCUGGCACUUUGCCGAGGACGGCGACCUGCCCGUGGACGAGAUGGCGGCGACGCUGCUGCUGGUGUUUGGCGGCAUGUUCGGCAUGGAGAUGUACGCCCGCUUCGCGCACAAGGUGCUGUGGCACGACUUUGAGCCGGGCUGGGCGCUGCACAAGAGCCACCACGAGCCGCGCACCGGCCCCUUUGAGCUCAACGACAUCUACGCCGUCGCCAACGCCCUGCCCGCAAUGGCGCUGUGCGCCUACGGCUUCUUCACGCCGCACGUGAUCGGCGGCGUGUGCUUCGGCGCGGGUCUGGGCAUCACGCUGUUCGGCAUCGCCUACAUGUUCUUCCACGACGGCCUGGUGCACCGCCGCUUCCCCGUGGGGCCCAUCGCCAACCUGCCGUACAUGAAGCGCAUCAUGGUGGCUCAUCAGAUCCACCACACCAACAAGUUCGGCGGCGUGCCCUUCGGCAUGUUUCUGGGCGUGCAGGAGCUGGAGGCGGUGCCGGGCGGCAAGGAGGAGCUGGACAAGCUCAUGGCCGAUCUGGAGGCGCGCGAGGCGGCAGCAGCCAAGGCCGCCGGCUCCUCGUAAAGCGGCCGGCGACACCGGGCAUAAUAAUGCCGCCGCCGACACCGGCGACGGUCUAGCGCCGGCCUCCUUUAUUGGCGGCGCCUAAUUAGCGGCGGAAUUAGAUUUUCGAAGCAAGAGAGCUGUCGCUGGCCCCGGUCGGACUCCGGAGGCCGCUGCCAGUGUCGCCAACACCUCGCGGCGACAGAGGCAGGCAGCCGGGCCCAGUGACGCACACGCGCUUACCGCGCUGCCCGCUGCCCCAUGUGAAAGCAAGGGCGGCGGCGGCGGCAGCUGGCGCGGUGUGCGCAAAAAGGCGUCGGUCGUACACCUCCGCGGCUGCUUGGUCAUCUGCUCUGCGUGGUGACACGAGCGAGCAACGUCCUAGGAAAGACCGGAUCGCAGCGUCCUGGGGGCACGCUGUUUGAAGCGUCACGGAGGCACGCGCAUCGGAGCCACUGCCACUGUCACAGAACGACCUAGCGGGUGGGACCUGGGGACUGUUGUAUGAGUGUGGCGUUCAAAUCCAUGUGCUUCGGGUCGUGGAGCGGGCGACGGACCCUCGCUCGCGGUUGCGUGCUCAUAAUGCGGCUCUGUGGCGGCCCUAGCUGUGUGGGCCCCGUUUCCUGUGCGGGGCCUGGCACAGAGCGUUGUUUGGCAGAUGUUCUUCAUGGACGGCGCCGCCUGCCCUGCUGAUGAGGCGCGCGUGCGGCGUUGUCUGUGGCGCGGGGGAGAGCUGGAGCGGCUCUAGGCUGCUCCAGCCUAGAGCCGCGAGGCGGGCGGGCUGUUGGGCAACCGGUCAUCCUAUAAGAGAUCGUGUGAGUGUGCACAGGCGCGGGGUGCAUGGUGGUGGUGUUUAUGAUCACGGCCACAAGAAGCUGUGUGGAUUAUAUGGCGGGUCGAGGUGGCAGUGUGCCGCCGCAAGGCUGGUGUAGGCGCUUGCGGCGGUUCAUUGCGCGGCGGUGGUGGUGUUGGUGGUGGUGGUUGUGUAUCUUGGUGCCGCGGCUGUGCACUGCAUGGUGCCCGGGCUGCUGUGCAGAGGGUGUGAGGCCCGCUGCUGUGGCGCUCCCACCUGACUAGGUGGUGGGUGCACGCGGCGGACGGCGCCACACACUGGAGAUGCGUUGCAUGCGCACAUAGCGCCGUGUGGGAGCUUAAGAGUCAGCGCUGACAUGAGUGAGUGACGAGUGCAUGCAUUGAGAGAGCAGAGUGAGUAUACCGAGUGACAAGCACUGAAUUGCGCGGAUGCCGAAUCGGCAAAUUGGGCGGGGGCUAUCAGGCUAGAUGUAGACGCAAGCAAGUACUCAAGAGUAGAGGUAGAGGCAUGCGCGGGCUGUGGUUGCCUGGACCGGGCUAGCAGAUUGGCAGCCCGGAGCGCCGCGCAAGGACUGCGGGCUCUGUUGAUGUUGGUGGCAAUGGUGGUGGGCGGGCAUGGCGGGCAAUGGCGGGGCAAGCGAGAGGCGGUGGGCUGUUGGCCACUGGUUGGCGAUGCGUUGAGCCGGACCGGGAGCGACGGCGCUGCUGGGGACGGCAUUCCCCAGGUUGCAGGCAGGACAGAUCUCGGAUCAAUAGAUUGCGUGCGCACGGGGGCACGUCUGUCGGUGCCGGCUGCGGUGUUUGCGGCAGUAAACGGCGGGGCGCGAGGCCACAUGGUGGCGAGCGAUGCUUGAGGUGGCGGCCAGGCUGAAAGCCCACGAGCGCGUGUGAUGUGCGUUGGGUAGUACACACCCGAAACGAAUGAGGGUGAAGAUACAUUUUCCGCGCCCACAUUUUGCUGGCGCAAGGCGUAAUGUGUGACUGCGUUGUUACGAUUUGUGGGGACGGGUGCGCGAGCCCGCGCUUGCGCGCCUGCGGGCGCAUCCUUCCUCUUGAUGACCUGCUUAAUCACGUUGUUAUAUGAUUAUGUGUCCAUUGUAUGGUGUGUGUGGCGUGGCGUGGCGUUCAGUCCGCGAGUACGGUAAUUAUCCCAAGAGUGUUUCGUGAUCCCUCCUUUCAUUUUGCUUCUCACCCGACAAGGACAGGGACUACAAGUGGCGUGAGUGUGCCAAUGUCCACUGGCCCGUGCCCCCCUCUGUAACAUUGCUGUUGA